GGCCCCCUAGUGGGCCACGCAGAAUCACCAUGUUUGGAGAGAAAUCGUCGUUUUAAGACCCUGUGGAGGAGCAGCUCUUGUCAUCUCCUCUGUGGCUUUCAUGUAGGUCUGUGGUAAGUGUUGGCCUGAUUGAGCGCUCGUGGAGGGAUGAAGAGAACCGCGGACGGUCACGCGCGUCCAGCAUGCGCUCAUAAAGCUCUGCGCGUCUCACCUCAUCAUGACCGGCGCUCACCUCGACUAUAAGCGACUGUUCUUGAAUUAUACAGUUCUUUGAUUUGUGGACUACUGGGACUAAUAUUAUAUGUAGAUAUAUAUUUUUUAACAACUUCUUUGUUUAGCUGUAUAAAAGUUGAAGAGAACAGCUUUUGGGCUGUUGUUUGACUGAUUUCUUAAAUGCAUGUCAUUUGUUGAAAGUCAUAAGAAGGAAGAAAACAAGAACAAACAGCAGAAAUAACAUCGAAAAGCUAAUUUAUUCAAGGAUCCGCGCGUUGACUAAAAGGAAAUAAACAUGUCCAGCAGAAGCAUCGAGUGGGAGCAUUUCGAGGAGCGCGAGAAGGGUCAUCGGUCCCCGCGGGGCAGUUCUCAUUCCGGCUCGCGGGGUAACGGGCUCGUGCCUAGUCCCGCUCACAGUGCGCACUGUAGUUUCUACCGCACACGCACGCUGCAAUCGCUCACCUCCGAGAAGAAAGCGAAAAAAGUUCGCUUCUAUCGGAACGGUGAUAAGUACUUUAAGGGCUUGGUGUACGCGGUGUCCGGUGACCGCUUCAGAUCUUUCGACGCGCUGCUGAUGGAGCUCACCCGCUCCCUCUCGGACAAUGUGAAUUUACCACAAGGAGUCCGGAACAUCUAUGCUAUGGAAGGAGGGAAGAAGAUCACCAGCCUGGAUGAGUUAAUAGAAGGUGAAAGCUAUGUGUGUGCUUCCAGUGAACCCUACCGUAAAGUGGACUAUACCAAGAACAUCAAUCCCAACUGGUCAGUCAAUGUAAAGAUGGGCACAUCCCGCUCGCUGCCAUCUCUUACCACCUCAAAGAAUGAGCUAAGAGAACGAGAGAGUAAAGACUUCAUCAAACCCAAAUUGGUGACGGUCAUCAGGAGUGGCGUCAAACCCCGUAAAGCUGUCCGGAUCCUCUUAAAUAAGAAGACUGCUCACUCCUUUGAGCAGGUGCUCACAGACAUCACUGACGCCAUUAAACUGGAUUCUGGUGCUGUGAAAAGACUCUAUACUCUGGAGGGCAAACAAAUUAUAUGUUUGCAAGACUUUUUCGGGGACGAUGAUGUAUUCAUCGCAUGUGGCCCUGAGAAGUACCGUUAUGCGCAGGACGAUUUUGUGUUGGAUCACAGUGGUAAGGCUCCCACAGCCUUUAUAACCGAAUGUGAGGUCCUCAAGUCGUCCUAUUCUUCUCGUUCUGCUCCCCCUGUGAGAUACUCCGGUAGUAAAAGUCCAGGACCCACCCGCCGCAGCAAAUCCCCUGGAUCUGUGAGAAGAACAGCAGGACACUUAUCUGCAAAUAGUCAGUCUCCAGUCAAAUCACCAAUAAAUGGAGAGCCGAACAGCCAAAUCACUACCCCCAAAUCUGCUAAAGCCUCCAGUUCCUCCCCGACCAGCCCCCGCAGCAUGUGUAACUUCAAGAUUCCAGCACAUCACUCCUCUGCAACCAACGUGAACGGCUCCUCUGAGACUCCCCAACAACACAACAACAGUGUGAGCCCUGAAGUUAAUGGAAACAGGAACAUUACUGCUUCCACUAUUUUGGACAAGUACAAAAUUGGCAAGGUUAUAGGUGAUGGGAACUUUGCUGUGGUAAAGGAGUGUGUCGAACGAUCCACUGGAAAGGAGUUUGCACUGAAGAUCAUCGAUAAAAACAAAUGCAGAGGCAAAGAGCACCUGAUCGAGAGUGAGGUGGCAGUGUUGAGGCGAGUUAAGCAUCCUAAUAUAAUCAUGCUGAUUGAGGAGGUGGAUACGCCCACUGAGCUCUGUCUAGUCAUGGAGCUUGUGAAGGGUGGAGAUCUGUUUGAUUCAAUCACCUCCUCGACAAAAUACACUGAAAGAGAUGCAAGUGUCAUGGUAUUGAACCUGGCGGCAGCUCUCAAAUAUCUGCACAGAAUGUGUAUCGUCCAUCGAGACAUCAAACCUGAGAAUCUGCUGGUGUGUGAGUACCCUAAUGGUAUAAAGUCAUUAAAGUUGGGUGAUUUUGGCUUGGCCACAGUGGUUGAAGGGCCACUUUACACUGUUUGUGGAACACCUACAUAUGUUGCCCCAGAAAUCAUAGCAGAGACGGGAUAUGGGCUGAAAGUGGAUGUAUGGGCUGCUGGUGUAAUUACCUACAUCCUUCUAUGUGGCUUUCCACCUUUCCGCAGUGAGAAUAACCUCCAGGAGGACCUAUUUGAUCAGAUCCUAGUGGGGCGUUUAGAGUUCCCAUCACCCUUUUGGGACAAUAUCACAGAUUCUGCUAAAGAGUUGAUUGGUCACAUGCUGCAGGUGAAUGUGGAAGCAAGAUACACAGCAGAGGAUGUUCUGUCUCACCCCUGGGUCACGCUAAAUGAGGAUGCUGCAAUGGAAAACAAUAUGAAGAUGGAGGUGGCAGGUAAACUCAAAAAGCACUUUAACGCUGUGCAGAAACGGAGCAACAUUUCCCCUGGAGUCUCUGUUAUUGUGAACACAGCUCUAGAUAAGGAAACCAUCCAGCUUUCUCGCCGGCGUCAGGACCGCAGCCUCCCUCCUCCAGGAAAGAGCCCCUCCUCCACCCACCCAGAGAGACGACGCUCCCAUAGGGGACGCUCAUCUGUCCAAUCAGAGGACUCUAGGAGUGCUGCUCCCAUUGAGCCUUUAGCCUCAACAACCCCCAAUGCACCAUCAGCACCUCUGCCCUCCCCUCACUCUGCCCAACCUCCCCACUUCCCAGAAUGCAGUGCUGAGGCUGAGGUCAGCAAGGGCCUGCAGCUGAAAGAAUAAUACUACUUAGGGAAACAACAUGGAGACAGUUUCAAAUAUAAAUCCAUAAAUACAUAUACAGUAUAGCAAUUCUGCGAAUCUUUGAAACUUAAUAUUAACUAAAAGACCAGAAUACACUACAUGAUGUUUGCCCCGAUUUGUAUAAUCUGUACGAGUACAUUGUUCAAAGUAAGAGCCAGUCUGCAGAUUUCACAAGCCAACUUGUGUAUUAUAAGCAGCACAGACUUCAAUUUCUUUAGUUACAGAUUAUCAUUCCACCAGUUAAGAGAAUAUCAAACUUGUUGAUAUUUGAGAUGAUAAUAUAACACAUAAAUUGACAUUUGUGUGUCUCGAGGUGAGUUUGUUCUGAGUGAGUUUCUUGCGUUUGGAAAGGCUUGAAAGCAGGGUUGCCAGGUACCCCAAAUAUCAAAACUCAAAAUAUGCCUAAAAUAUUUUUUUUUUACAGUUCUGCGAUAUACACAAUUCCAACUUGAAAGUCACCAUGUAGUAGUAAUUAUAAACAGUAUGUUUCAUAUAGGAGCUCAAAUGUUCCCCUUCCACAGAAAACUUAACAUCCAGCACAGUUUAUAAAGUAUUUCGAUAUACAGUAGCAUUUCAGUUCAUUGUAAGAAGAUAUUUUGAAGAAUGUGGGUAGCUAAGAGACUCUGGUCCCCACACACUUCCAUAGUAUUUUUUUUUUUUAUUAUUAUUCUAUGGAAGUCAGGUCAGUGUGGAUCAGCAACUGUUUUGUUACCCACAUUAUUCAAAAUAUCUUCUUUUGUGUUCAACAGAAGAAGGACAUUCACCUGUUCUGUUUUUAAAAGUAAUUAAGUGUAAACCAGCCUUUAACAUAGCUACAUUGAGAACUGUCUGUAUAGUGGUUGUCUGCUUGUCUCCCUGCUUUCCUCUUCUUCCAGUUUGGCUUCCGAUUCCAGCUCCCAGAGUCAGUUUGAAAACGUAAUGUGUGAUUGGUUGUAUAGGCACUUUGGAUAUGAAAGAUCCGUUCUGCUUUUGUAUUUACUGACGUGAAAAGCUCAUGUCCCGAUUAUGAAUAGCUAAACACUUUUUAGGGUGGAUGUAAGUAUGCGACUGGAAAAAGAUUUGAAUCUGGCAAAAAGAAGAAAAAAAACUUGUCCUGCUGAAACUUGAAAGUACAGUAUCUGUAUGUUUGAAAGUAGACUGCUUGACUUUUUGACUCUGCUGCAGAAACACAAGAAAGCUAUUUGCAUUUGUUGGUGUGUGUUUUCUUAAGAGGGUGUGCCUAUAACACUGCUGUAUUCUGGGGUCGUUUUGCAGUAAUUUAGAGUUGCCUUUAUAUGAGCCAGUAAAGCAGGAAAUCUGUAGGGAGCAAAGCCAGAGUUUUGUUCUUCUGCUAAUUUAUUUGUACAGAUUAGACCAAAUGUGAUUUUGUAUUUUAGAAUUGUUUGACAUUUUCGAUCCAUUAAGUGCAUGAUAUUUUGAUUUCUCUGUUGCAAAUCGAAUCUGUUUUGCAAUCUAAAGUCUUGGGUUUGUCAUCUGUUGUUCCAUGUACUAGGAUACUUCUGUACUUGUUAUCUCUUUGCUCACCAUGGCACUGAUUUCUUGAAACUGUCGGGCUGCAGGGAGUGAUUGAGGGUGUUAAUAAACGUAUAUGAUGCUCUCCUUUUUUUUUUUUUUUUUGACGUGCUUUGGAGGUUUUGAGAAAUAUGGCAAUAAUCAGUAUCAUCUCUGGAAAGCUAGAUUUCAUAGAUGCCAUUUUCUGUUAGUGUUCUUUAUCAUCACAUACUCAAAGUAAUGCAAUAAAAUUACCCUGCUGUUGUU